GUUUAUUACUCUCAGAUUUAUGAGAUAUUUCCAGAUUUCGAUCUAAUUUCAGCAAAUUAUCGAUCGCUUUCACCAGGUUUAUGGAUACAGCUAAAUUUUAAGUGCAAAGAUGGAUAGGAUUGUGUCGUUAAGUGAGUUGAAACAGGAUGGUGGUAAACCAAAGGUGGACCAGGCUAAGAUAGAUGGUCUGACCGCGGAUCUAGCCGCGGCUAUAAAAGGUACAUAUAUGUGGAAAGGGGGAAGAGAAUUGAAAGACAAGGAGCCUGGCCAAAAGCUAACUAUAGAACCCUCGCUAUCGAAUCAAGAUCUCAUUAUUGGUAAAAGCGAUAAUAUUAAUGUUCCCAAAGAGAGUUUUAAUUCGGAGAAAAUAAGGCAAGUACCUCUUAAAACCCUUAAGUAUAACAGUUCCGAAAACUCUUUGUCCUUGGGGCUGGAACCCCUUAAUUUAGCAUUUAGUAUUCUACCCAAGCCAAGUCCUAGCAGUGAAAAUCUGAACUGCUGGCAACCACCAAAAGAGCCCAUGGAUGCCCAACUCUUGCGUAUCCUGAAAGACCCCGAAUCCUGUUCCUUUAGGGUUUACGUGGGCAAAUACAAGUUCCGUUGUCAUCUGCAAGUUCUGCAGGCCCACUCUAAGUACUUCCAGGAUUACGAGGAUGUGGUAUCUCUUAGGGCACACCUUCCCACCGAUAUGGUGACCCCGACGGCCUUUCAUGUGAUCUACAACUGGAUGCUGGACAUCACCAAGAGGCCAAAGGGUGGCUGCUCCAUGGUGGAAAUAUACAGUGCAACCACGUUCUUGAAAAUCGACGAGUUGCUGGAAUUCGCCUUCGGUUGUUUCAAUGAGAGUUGUGUGUCCGGUAGCCUGGCCUUUGGACUGUUCUUGGAGGCCCAGAAGUUUGAGAUUAGCAUGUUCCAGUUCCUGAUGCUGUCCCGCAUCGACGAGUUCUUUCUGCCCCUGGUGGCCUCCAAGGAGUUUGUGCAACUGGACUUUUACUGGGUGCGGGAGCUACUUAGCAUUCAUAGUAUAGGCGUGAACAGUGAAAUUGAGAUCUUUAUGACUGCAGUUCGCUGGCUCAGUUAUGACUGGAACGCUCGGAAGAUUUUGAUGGAGAAGAUAAUGGGCUGUGUACGCUUUUGCCUGCUGCCUGCGCUAUUCCUUAGGUUUUUGCAGGGAGAACACAAGACCCUGGUAAUGAAUAGCAUUUGCCAGAGUCCCAAAAUUCGGGAAAAAGUCAACAAGGCCUUUGUAUACACCUCCUCCGAACUCUGCGACAUGACGCAACGCAUCUUCAGCCUGGUCAAGCAGUUCGAUACCCCGGAGCAGCGCAAGUGGAUCUUCGACAAGCGGUGCCCGUACCAUCGCAAACCAGGCGGAAACCAGGGGCAGUUCUUUACCUACCAGCAGUUCCUCAACUACCUGGAGUCACUCCACGAUUCAGUGCCCGAUUACGGCUCCUAGGUCAUCGGGGUCUUAGCCAAAUCCACAGCCAACUCCAAAUCCCCCAAUGAAAAACCCAAAAACGCAAUGUGAAAGCCAGAAGGAAGUGUGCCGCAAUGUUUGGCCAGUCGCCGUUUUCAAUGAGGCACCUCUAAAAAGCCAACUUUUGUUUGCCAUGCGAUUAUAAUGCCUGCUUUUGGCUUUGGCUGUGGCCCACAGAGUCAACUGAGAUUUGGCAACAAGAAAGACAACAGCCAGCUUAGCGAGUUUACUUAACAAUGGCAAACGACGCUGGCGGAUUAAAGUGGAGUGUCUUUAUAACUAAUUAGGUAAUAGUUGGGGGUUUGGAGACUUGGAGGGAACCAAUUCAUCACUGUAAUGCUAUUUGGGUUACUUUCAAUCGACGUCUAAGGAAUUUGUAUCCUUCUUUUUUAAUAAAUUUGUAAUGUGUUUUUAUGUAAUAA